AUGCGAUUGAUCAGACAAAAAGGCAAGUAUAAAGGAAAUGCUAGCUUCCCUCAUCUUCAAAGAAUCCGAUCAUCUGAGAACUUUACUGACUUAUCGGCCAUAUAUACCCGCGCCGGACCAUACAUUACAUCCGCCGGAGCCAGACAGGCAAGUUUGCAUUUCUACCACCGGAAAAUUAUCCCAGAAUCCGGCACCACCUCUCCUGCUAGCUCCGGUUCAUCAGUACACAAGUUUCUAGCAAUGACAUCUGAUGGUGAAACAAAAGCUGCACCCAAAGAAUCAAAGAGUCCCCCACAUGUAAACGAUCAGAUAGCCUCCCUCAGAAGGAGAAGAUUCCGACGAAUCAAAAGUGCCCCGCUUGCCAACUCUUUUGUGUCGGAUUUCAAAACCACCUCCGCACCUCUGCCGCGCCGCAAUUCCGUUUUUGACCAUUUUUACCCGAAUUACUGGAAGAUAGGUAUCAUCUUCUUUGCAUAUCUAGUUGCAGGUAUGGUUUGCUUUCAUCUAGUCAGACACCAGAUUUCAGGAAAGAAAACAAACAGCAUACUCGAUGCACUUUAUUUCACCAUUGUAACAAUGACAACAGUUGGUUAUGGAGACCUUGUUCCCGCUAGCACUCUCACAAUACUUCUCGCCUGUCUUUUUGUCGUCUCCGGCACCUUGAUUGUUGGACUGGUUCUAAGUAAAGCAGCAGCUCUUUUAGUUGAAAAACAAGAACGAUUACUGGUGAAAGCGUUGCAUAUGAAUGAAACCAUUGGUGAAGCAGAAAUCCUUAAAAAGAUCAAAACUAAGAAAGUGAGGAAUAAGUGUAUAAUCUUGGUGGUGUUUCUUCUGGUACUUAUGGCUGCAGGGACAGGAAUCUUUAUUUAUGUUGAGGAAUUGGACUUCAUUCAUGCGUUCUAUUGUGUUAUUGCGACGCUUACUGGACUCGGUUACAUAGAUAAAUGCUUCUCGACAACAGGUGGACGUGUUUUUGCUCUUUUCUGGAUCUUGUUGGGUACUAUCUAUGUAGCUCAGUUGCUCUUUACUUUUGCUCUGUUACAUACUGAAAGAAGGCAACGAUCGUUGGUCAAAUGGGUUCUUAAUAGAAAAACAACGGUUUCUGACAUUGAGGCAGCUGACUUUGACUGUAAUCGCAUCGUUGUAGCUGCUGAGUUCGUUAUCUAUAAGCUAAAAGAAAUGGGGAAGAUUAGUGAGGAUGACAUCACACCUAUCAAGGAUGAGUUUGAAACACUCGAUUUUGACAAGACGGGAACGUUGUCUGCCUCUGAUCUUUCGGCUUACUAGUGAUCAUCUACGUUAGCCUCUCACGUUAUAACUACCUAAUUAUCAUUUUAACUCAAUGUUGAUAACAAAAUCUUGGUCAUUAGUUUCUUACAUGCAUUAUGGAUAUGAAAUCAGAAGUUCAUAAUUUGAACUUAAUGUUACGACAACAGUGAAUGAACGUUUUAUAACAGAAACAACAAACGAAUACUAUGUUGAAUUGAUGUUGGCAAAGAGAGAACAAGUAUACUGUGGAUGAAAGAAAAAGUGUGCUAAAUCAAUGUAACACCCCCAU